AUGAAGAGCUCCCGGCCAGCAAAGUGCCAGGCUAAGGCCCUGGCCCGGCAGCUACACCCCACACCGGUGGAGUCGUCCCCUGCGGCCGAGGCGCUGGGCAGCGCGGACGACGAGCUGAGCGCCAAGCUGCUGCGGCGCGCCGACCUCAACCAGGGCAUCGGCGAGCCCCAGUCGCCCAGCCGCCGCGUCUUCAACCCCUACACCGAGUUCAAGGAGUUCUCCAGGAAGCAGAUCAAGGACAUGGAGAAGAUGUUCAAACAGUAUGACGCAGGGCGAGAUGGCUUCAUCGACUUGAUGGAGCUCAAGCUCAUGAUGGAGAAACUUGGAGCCCCUCAGACCCACCUGGGCCUGAAAAACAUGAUCAAGGAGGUGGAUGAGGAUCUUGACAGCAAGCUCAGCUUCCGGGAGUUCCUCCUGAUCUUCCGCAAGGCGGCGGCCGGGGAGCUGCAGGAGGACAGCGGGCUGCAUGUGCUCGCCCGCCUCUCCGAGAUAGACGUGUCCACCGAGGGCGUCAAGGGGGCCAAGAGCUUCUUUGAAGCCAAGGUCCAGGCCAUCAACGUGUCCAGCCGCUUCGAGGAGGAGAUCAAGGCAGAGCAGGAGGAAAGGAAGAAGCAGGCGGAGGAGAUGAAGCAGCGGAAAGCAGCCUUCAAGGAGCUGCAGUCCACGUUCAAGUAGCCAGGGCCCUGGCCUGACCGGCCGGCCGGCCCCAGCGCCCAGUCUGACGGGCGAGCCUGCGUCCUCGGCCUGUCUGCAGGGGCCACACUAACACCUACACAUGUGUGAUGGAGCCAGCUGAGGGGCCUCUCCGAGCGGCCCCGCCCUCCCGCGCCCGCUGUUCUGAGGCUGGACACCAGCUGGCUCCCUGCCUGGCGACUCCCUGUCCGGUCCCUGGCCGCCCCCAACCUGCUCCAGCACGGCUUGGGGUUCUGCACCCAGCUCCUGGCUCCAGGGGCUCCCUGCCCGUGUGCCUGCCCGCACACCCCCUCUGCACCCCUCUGCCUCUCCCUUUCCCCUCUCCCCCACCCAGGAGCCACCUGCCUCUCACCUCCUGCACUGCCCCUGCCCCUGAAGCCCCCUGCGAGGCUGAGGAGCUGAAUGGCGGCACACCAGCGCUUGUGGCCAGCCUGGAGGGGCGUCUAUGUAGGCGGAGAAACCCUGGGCAAAGGGGCAGCCCUGCCCAUCUACCUCAGGGGCGCAUUCUGCAGGCGCCCUCACGGGAGCAUGGGCAGGGGAGGCCACCAGCAGCCUGGGGGCCCCAGGGGCUCGCAGACCGGGCCGGGGCAGGAGGGAACCAAGCCCGUCUCGGUUCUCCAGGAGGCCGUGAGAAGUGCUUUCAGUGGUCUGCGCGGACUGGGCGCUCGGCCCCUCGCCACCCCUCCCCCAGCGCGCCUGUCACCAGCGAAGGGACCUGUCCCGCCACACCCACCCCGGGGAGCAUGGGCCCCGCCCCCCCG